CAAACCCUGCCAUUCUCCAUAGCCCGGAGUUACAAGCACACUGACAAAAACCAGCACGAAUGUGAGAGGAAGAGAGAGAACAAGAAAGAGAGAGAGAGAUAGAGCAAGUGACAAAGUAACUAAUAAAAACAGAAAAAUACAAAGUGAGGCGUCGCGCCUCGAGAGACAACGAGAGAACACACGAAUAGUUCAAGUUUAGUUUAGAAAGCGUGGUGGAAAACUUUUCUGGGCUGUGGCAGAAAGCUGUGGACCGCGUAAGAUGCCAGAGCAAAGGUGUUGAACUUUCCAGGAAAGAACAAGGGCUGACACGGUCCACACUAGGGGACAGGGGAAGAAGUAACACGUUUAAAGAUGGCUGAUGAGCAAGACACAAGGGAAGUUCUUUUCCCACAAUGGAUGGGCACUGAUAAACUUGGGCUCACCAUAGAACAAAAAGGUCAAGGAGAGCUUUUUGUCAAAGAGGUGAAAGAUGAGUCCCCUGCUGCUCAUACUGGGAGAGUAUAUGAAGGUGACCAAAUUGUGGGGGCCACUAUUUACUUUGACAACAUGAGCUCAGAAGAAACGUCUGAACUACUAAAGACUCUAAACCGACAUAAGGUUGGACUAAAAUUACAAAAUAAGUCUGGAGACAAGUCACCUUGCCGUUCUCCAAUGGGGACAUUGUCAUGGGAAGGACGUGGAGGGUUAGGAGGCUCUAGUUCAGACAUUCUUCUGAGUGGGGAUGAUGAAGACUACAAGAGAAUCUACACUAAGAAGAUUAAACCUAGACUAAAGUCAGAAGAUCUUGCAGAGGGUGUUGAUGUGCGCACUGAACGACACAGCAGCACAAGCAGUGAUGGUUGCACCAUUACUACAAUAACUCGUCGAAUAACUACCUACACUGUGGACGUGCCUGGGGGGACUGGUCAGCAGAUUGAUCCCUCAAGCCCUGAGUUCAAAGUUCAGGUCUUGCAGCAUGAGCAGUCAGAGGGGGAUUCUACUCAAAUCAGAUUACCACAUAGUAGCCUUGUUAGUGGUGCACACGGAGGUAUAAAAUUGGGGGACAUAACUCUUAGCGGGCCCCAUGUCACUGGCUCCUCUGUGAAGCACUCUAAUACAGGGUCUUUAAAAGCAGCAAGUGAAUUAGAUGGCAGUGGGAAAGAGAUUACAAUUAAUGUGUCAGACACUGGACUGUCAGGUGGUAAAGGACAGAUGGUUAUAGAACAUUUUGGAAAGAGUGAAGCUUCUGUAGGCAGUAGUGAUCUCUCUGGCAAAGUAAGCAUGGGGAUAGACAAAGACGUGAGAAAUAUUUCUUCUCCAGUGGAAGUCGGUUUUAAAGCUUCAAGUAUGAUCGGAGGAGCUGAGGUUGCUACAGUAAAGGGCCCUGUUCUGAACACUCGUGUUUCUGGUUUUUCUAUUAGUGGAGAUAAAGGGGACAGUAUUGGCAGAGAGUCUUUGUCUGAAGUGCAUAAGAAUGGGUCUGCUGAUAAAACCAAAGUGUCUAAAGCUACCAUAGAUGUGCAAAGGCCCAAGGAAGGUCAACAUGUAGAAGUGGAUUUUAACAAUCAAAAUCUUACAAAUGUUAGUCAGAGAGGUUUCAGCAUAGGUGGGAAUCAGGAAAUGACAGCUCGGGUUCAGGAACCUGAUACAGUAAUAAGUCUCCCCAAAGCAGAUGUAAAAAACACACCAACAGAUAUGGACAUCAGGGGUCCAGAGAUUCACUUUAAAGGACAUGAGCGUACAGUCAAAGAUGUUAAAUUUGAUGCGUCUAUGCCAGAUGUGGGUUUAAACCUCAAAGGACAAAAAGUGAAAGGAGAUGUUAACAUGUCUGUUCCAAAUGUUGAAGGGAAUGUUACAACUUCAAAAAUUGAAAUAAACAGGCCAGAUCUUGAGGGUGGCAAAUAUGACUUUACUGUUCCAAAGGUCAAAAUGUCCUCAUUUGGAAUAAAAACAUCUGAGGUAAGGGGUCCUGAUGUUGAUGUAAACAUUGCAAAAAUGAAGAUUAAAGCACCAGAUGUGGAUGUCAAGACUCCAGACCUUAACGUUGAGAGAUCUGAAGUAAACAUUAAAGAUCCCAAAAUCAAGAUAACACCAGACUCAGAUUCUAAGAUUGCGGUGUCUGACGUGAACCUAAAUGUAAAAGGGUCAACACUGAAAGGUGACUUGAAUCUGCAAGGCCCAAAACUGAAAGGUGAGGUUGAUGUGUCUGUUCCAAAAGUGGAAGGAGAUAUUAAACCACCAAAAGUUGAAAUUGAAGGUCCUGAUCUUGAGAGACUUGAGGGUGGUUUCAAGAUGCCACAGAUCAAAAUGCCAUCUUUUGGACUAAAAGGCUCAAAAGUGAAGGGUACAGAUUUUGAUGUGAACAUCCCUAAAGCUGACAUUGACAUUAAGGCACCAGAUGUGGACAUCAAAGCUCCAGAGGUUGAUGUCGAAGGACAUGAUGUUGGUUUUAAGAUGCCAAGCAUUAAAAUGCCGUCAUUCGGACUGAAGGGACCAAAAGUGGAAGGUCCAGAUAUUGAUGUAAAAAUCCAUAAAGCCGAUAUUGAUAUUAAGGCUCCAGAUGUGAACAUCAAAGCUCCAAAGGUGGACAUUGAAGCACCUGAGGGAAAGGUCAAGGGCCCCAAAUUCAAGAUGCCAACAGUCUCUGGUUCAAAUAUUUCUAUGCCAGAGGUUGACUUCAAUCUGAAAGGUCCAAAACUAAAAGGUGAUGUUGACGUGUCUGUUCCAAAAGUGGAAGGAGAUAUUAAAGCAUCAAAAGUUGAAAUGAAAGGACCAGAAAUCGAAGGACCUGAGGGGGGUUUUAGGAUGCCACAGAUUAAAAUGCCAUCAUUCGGACUAAAAGGUCCAAAAGUGGAAAGUCCAGAUGUUGAUGUGAAAAUCCCUAAAGCCGAUAUUGAUAUUAAGACUCCAGAUGUGAACAUCAAAGCUCCGGAGGUUGACAUUGAGGGACCUGAGGGAAAAAUCAAGGGCCCCAAAUUCACAGUUCCAUCAAUCUCUGGUCCAAAGAUUUCUACGCCAGACGUUGACUUCAAUAUAAAAGGUCCAAAACUGAAAGGUGAUGUUGAUGUGUCUGUCCCAAAAGUGGAAGGAGAUAUUAAAGCAUCAAAAGUUAAAAUUAAAGGUCCAGAAAUCGAAGGACCUGAGGGUGGUUUUAAAAUGCCACAGAUUAAAAUGCCAUCAUUCGGACUAAAAAGUCCAAAAGUGGAAGGUCCAGAUGUUGAUGUGAAAAUCCCUAAAGCUGAUCUUGACAUUAAGGCACCAGAUGUAAACAUCAAAGCUCCAGAGGUUGACAUUGAGGGACCUGAGGGAAAAAUCAAGGGCCCCAAAUUCAAGAUGCCAACAAUUUCUGGUACAAAUAUUUCUAUGCCAGACGUUGAUUUCAAUCUGAAAGGUUCAAAACUGAAAGGUGAUGUUGAUGUUUCUGUUCCAAAAGUGCAAGGAGAUAUUAAAGCACCAAAAGUGGAAAUUGAAGGCCCAGAAAUUGAAGGACCUGAGGGUGGUUUUAAAAUGCCAAAAAUUAGAAUACCGUCAUUCGGACUGAAGGGUCCAAAAGUGGAAGGUCCAGAUGUUGAUGUGAAAAUCCCUAAAGCUGACAUUGAUAUUAAAGCACCAGAUGUGAAUAUCAGAGCUCCAGAAGUUGACAUUGAAGGACCUGAGGGGAAAAUCAAGGGCCCCAAAUUCAAGAUGCCAACAAUCUCUGGUCCAAAUAUUUCUAUGCCAGAUGUUGAUUUCAAUCUGAAAGGACCAAAACUGAAAGGUGAUGUUGAUGUGUCUGUUCCAAAAGUGGAAGGAGAUAUUAAAGCAUCAAAAGUUGAAAUUAAAGGCCCAGAAAUCGAAGGACCUGAGGGUGGUUUUAAAAUGCCACAGAUUAAAAUGCCAUCAUUUGGAAUGAAAGGUCCAAAAGUGGAAGGUCCAGAUGUUGACGUGAAAAUCCCUAAAGCCAACAUUGAAGUUAAGACACCAGAUGUGAGCAUUAAAGCACCAGACGUUGAUAUUGAAGCACCUGAGGGAAAAAUCAAGGGCCCCAAAUUCAAGAUGCCAUCGAUCUCUAUGCCAGACGUUGACUUCAAUCUGAAAGGUCCAAAACUGAAAGGUGAUGUUGACGUGUCUGUUCCAAAAGUGGAAGGAGAUCUUAAAGCACCAAAAGUGGAAAUUGAAGGCCCAGAAAUCGAAGGACAUGAGGGUGGUUUUAAAAUGCCAAAAAUUAGAAUGCCAUCAUUCGGACUGAAGGGUCCAAAAUUGGAAGGUCCAGAUGUUGAUGUGAAAAUCCCUAAAGCUGACAUUGAUAUUAAAGCACCAGAUGUGAACAUCAGAGCUUCAGAAGUUGACAUUGAAGGUCCUGAGGGAAAAAUCAAGGGCCCCAAAUUCAAGAUGCCAACAAUCUCUGGCCCAAAUAUUUCUAUGCCAGAUGUUGAUUUUAAUCUGAAAGGUCCAAAACUGAAAGGUGAUGUUGAUGUGUCUGUUCCAAAAGUGGAAGGAGAUAUUAAAGCAUCAAAAGUUGAAAUUAAAGGCCAAGAAAUCGAAGGACCUGAAGGGGGUUUUAGGAUGCCACAGAUUAAAAUGCCAUCAUUUGGACUAAAAGGUCCAAAAGUGGAAGGUCCAGAUGUUGAUGUGAAAAUCCCUAAAGCCGACAUUGAAGUUAAGGCACCAGAUGUGAACAUCAAAGCACCAGAGGUUGACAUUGAAGGACCUGAGGGAAAAAUCAAGGGCCCCAAAUUCAAGAUGCCCUCAAUCUCUAUGCCAGACGUUGACUUCAAUCUUAAAGGUCCAAAAUUGAAAGGUGAUGUUGAUGUGUCUGUUCCAAAAGUGGAAGGAGAUAUUAAAGCACCAAAAGUGGAAAUUGAAGGCCCAGAAAUCGAAGGACUUGAGGGUGGUUUUAAGAUGCCACAGAUUAAAAUGCCAUCAUUUGGAUUAAAAGGUCCAAAAGUGGAAGGUCCAGAUAUUGGCGUGAAAAUCCCUAAAGCCGACAUUGAAGUUAAGGCACCAGAUGUGAACAUCAAAGCACCAGAGGUUGACAUUGAAGCACCUGAGGGAAAAAUCAAGGGCCCCAAAUUCAAGAUGCCCUCAAUCUCUAUGCCAGACGUUGACUUCAAUCUUAAAGGUCCAAAAUUGAAAGGUGAUGUUGAUGUGUCUGUUCCAAAAGUGGAAGGAGAUAUUAAAGCACCAAAAGUGGAAAUUGAAGGCCCAGAAAUCGAAGGACUUGAGGGUGGUUUUAAGAUGCCACAGAUUAAAAUGCCAUCAUUUGGACUAAAAGGUCCAAAAGUGGAAGGUCCAGAUAUUGGCGUGAAAAUCCCUAAAGCCAACAUUGAAGUUAAGGCACCAGAUGUGAACAUCAAAGCACCAGAGGUUGACAUUGAAGCACCUGAGGGAAAAGUCAAGGGCCCCAAAUUCAAGAUGCCUUCAAUCUCUAUGCCAGACGUUGACUUCAAUCUGAAAGGUCCAAAAUUGAAAGGUGAUGUUGAUGUGUCUGUUCCAAAAGUGGAAGGAGAUAUUAAAGCACCAAAAGUGGAAAUUGAAGGCCCAGAAAUUGAAGGACCUGAGGGUGGUUUUAAAAUGCCAAAAAUUAGAAUGCCAUCAUUCGGACUGAAGGGUCCAAAAUUGGAAGGUCCAGAUGUUGACGUGAAAAUCCCUAAAGCCGAUAUUGAAGUUAAGGCACCAGAUGUGAAAAUCAAAGCUCCAGACGUUGACAUUGAAGGACCCGAGGGAAAAGUCAAGGGCCCCAAAUUGAAGAUGCCAACAAUCUCUGGUCCAAAUAUUUCUAUGCCAGAUGUUGAUUUCAAUCUGAAAGGUCCAAAACUGAAAGGUGAUGUUGACGUGUCUGUUCCAAAAGUGGAAGGAGAUAUUAAAGGACCAAAACUAGAUAUUAAAGGCCCAGAAAUCGAAGGACCUGAGGGUGGUUUUAAGAUGCCACAGAUUAAAAUGCCAUCAUUUGGACUGAAAGGUCCAAAAGUGGAAGGUCCAGAUGUUGAUGUGAAAAUUCCUAAAGCCGAUAUUGAUAUUAAGGCACCAGAUGUGAAAAUCAAAGCACCAGAGAUUGACAUUGAAACACCUGAGGGAAAAAUCAAGGGCCCCAAAUUCAAGAUGCCAUCGAUCUCUAUGCCAGAUGUUGACUUCAAUCUGAAAGGUCCAAAACUGAAAGGUGAUGUUGAUGUGUCCGUUCCAAAAGUGGAAGGCGAUAUUAAAGCACCAAAACUAGAUAUUAAAGGACCAGAAAUUGAAGGGCCAGAGGGUGGUUUUAAGAUGCCACAGAUUAAAAUGCCAUCAUUCGGACUGAAAGGUCCAAAAGUAGAAGGUCCAGAUGUUGAUGUGAAAAUCCCUAAAGCUGAUAUUGAUAUUAAGGCACCAGAUGUGGACAUAAAAUCUCCAGAGGUUGCCAUUGAGGGACCUGAGGGAAAAAUCAAGGGCCCCAAAUUCAAGAUGCCAUCAUUGUCUGGUCCAAAGAUUUCCAUGCCAGAUGUUGACUUCAAUCUGAAAGGUCCAAAGCUGAAAGGUGAUGUUGAUGUGUCCGUUCCAAAAGUGGAAGGAGAUAUUAAAGCACCAAAACUAGAUAUUAAAGGCCCAGAAAUCGAAGGUCCAGAGGGUGGUUUUAAGAUGCCCCAGAUUAAAAUGCCAUCAUUCGGAGUGAAGGGUCCGAAAGUGGAAGGUCCAGAUGUUGAUGUGAAAAUUCCUAAAGCCGAUAUUGAUAUUAAGGCACCAGAUGUGAACAUCAAAGCACCAGAGCUUGACAUUGAAGGACCUGAGGGAAAAAUCAAGGGCCCCAAAUUCAAGAUGCCAUCAUUGUCUGGUCCAAAGAUUUCUAUGCCAGACGUUGACUUCAAUCUGAAAGGUCCAAAGCUGAAAGGUGAUGUUGAUAUGUCCAUUCCAAAAGUGGAAGGAGAUAUUAAAGCACCAAAAGUAGAUAUUAAAGGCCCAGAAAUCGAAGGACCAGAGGGUGGUUUUAAGAUGCCACAGAUUAAAAUGCCAUCAUUCGGACUGAAAGGUCCAAAAGUGGAAGGUCCAGAUGUUGAUGUGAAAAUCCCUAAAGCCAGUAUUGACAUUAAGACACCAGAUGUGGACCUGAAAUCUCCAGAGGUGGACAUUGAUGGACCCGAGGGAAAAAUCAAGGGCCCCAAAUUCAAGAUGCCAUCAAUUUCUGGUCCAAAGAUUUCUAUGCCAGACGUUGACUUCAAUCUCAAAGGUCCAAAACUCAAAGGUGAUGUUGAUGUGUCCGUUCCAAAAGUAGAAGGAGAUAUUAAAGCACCUAAAGUGGAAAUCGAAGGCCCAGAAAUCGAAGGAUCUGAGGGUGGCUUUAAGAUGCCAAAGUUUAAAAUGCCAUCAUUCGGACUGAAAGGGCCAAAAGUGGAAGGUCCAGAUGUUGAUGUGAAAAUCCCUAAAGCUGAUAUUAACAUUAAGUCACCAGAUGUGGACAUUAAAUCUCCAGAAAUUGACAUCGAAGGACCUGAAGGAAAAAUCAAGGGCCCCAAAUUCAAGAUGCCAUCAAUGUCUGGUCCAAAGAUUUCCAUGCCAGAUGUUGACUUCAAUCUGAAAGGUCCAAAGCUGAAAGGUGAUGUUGAUGUGUCCGUUCCAAAAGUGGAAGGAGAUAUUAAAGCACCAAGGGUAGAUAUUAAAGGCCCAGAAAUCGAAGGUCCAGAGGGUGGUUUUAAGAUGCCCCAGAUUAAAAUGCCAUCAUUCGGAGUGAAGGGUCCGAAAGUGGAAGGUCCAGAUGUUGAUGUGAAAAUUCCUAAAGCCGAUAUUGAUAUUAAGGCACCAGAUGUGAACAUCAAAGCACCAGAGCUUGACAUUGAAGGACCUGAGGGAAAAAUCAAGGGCCCCAAAUUCAAGAUGCCAUCAUUGUCUGGUCCAAAGAUUUCUAUGCCAGACGUUGACUUCAAUCUGAAAGGUCCAAAGCUGAAAGGUGAUGUUGAUAUGUCCAUUCCAAAAGUGGAAGGAGAUAUUAAAGCACCAAAAGUAGAUAUUAAAGGCCCAGAAAUCGAAGGACCAGAGGGUGGUUUUAAGAUGCCACAGAUUAAAAUGCCAUCAUUCGGACUGAAAGGUCCAAAAGUGGAAGGUCCAGAUGUUGAUGUGAAUCCUAAAGCCAGUAUUGACAUUAAGACACCAGAUGUGGACCUGAAGUCUCCAGAGGUGGACAUUGAUGGACCCGAGGGAAAAAUCAAGGGCCCCAAAUUCAAGAUGCCAUCAAUUUCUGGUCCAAAGAUUUCUAUGCCAGACGUUGACUUCAAUCUCAAAGGUCCAAAACUCAAAGGUGAUGUUGAUGUGUCCGUUCCAAAAGUAGAAGGAGAUAUUAAAGCACCUAAAGUGGAAAUCGAAGGCCCCGAAAUCGAAGGAUCUGAGGGUGGCUUUAAGAUGCCAAAGUUUAAAAUGCCAUCAUUCGGACUGAAAGGGCCAAAAGUGGAAGGUCCAGAUGUUGAUGUGAAAAUCCCUAAAGCUGAUAUUAACAUUAAGUCACCAGAUGUGGACAUUAAAUCUCCAGAAAUUGACAUCGAAGGACCUGAAGGAAAAAUCAAGGGCCCCAAAUUCAAGAUGCCAUCAAUGUCUGGUCCAAAGAUUUCUAUGCCAGAUGUUGACUUCAAUCUGAAAGGUCCAAAGCUUAAAGGUGAUGUUGAUGUGUCCGUUCCAAAAGUGGAAGGAGAUAUUAAAGGCCCAGAAAUCGAAGGACCUGAGGGUGGUUUUAAGAUGCCAAAAAUUAAAAUGCCAUCAUUCGGACUGAAGGGUCCAAAAAUGGAAGGUCCAGAUGUUGAUGUGAAAAUCCCUAAAGCCGAUAUUGAUAUUAAGGCACCAGAUGUGAACAUCAAAGCACCAGAGAUUGACAUUGAAGCACCUGAGGGAAAAAUCAAGGGACCCAAAUUCAAGAUGCCAUCAAUGUCUGGUCCAAAGAUUUCUAUGCCAGACGUUGACUUCAAUCUGAAAGGUCCAAAGCUGAAAGGUGAUGUUGAUGUGUCCGUUCCAAAAGUGGAAGGCGAUAUUAAAGCACCAAAAGUAGAGAUUAAAGGACCAGAAAUUGAAGGACCAGAGGGUGGUUUUAAGAUGCCACAGAUUAAAAUGCCAUCAUUCGGACUGAAAGGUCCAAAAGUGGAAGGUCCAGAUGUUGAUGUGAAAAUUCCUAAAGCCGAUAUUGAUAUUAAAGCACCAGAUGUGAACAUCAAAGCACCAGAGCUUGACAUUGAAGGACCUGAGGGAAAAAUCAAGGGCCCCAAAUUCAAGAUGCCAUCAUUGUCUGGUACAAAGAUUUCUAUGCCAGACGUUGACUUCAAUCUGAAAGGUCCAAAGCUGAAAGGUGAUGUUGAUAUGUCCAUUCCAAAAGUGGAAGGAGAUAUUAAAGCACCAAAAGUAGAUAUUAAAGGCCCAGAAAUCGAAGGACCUGAGGGUGGUUUUAAGAUGCCACAGAUUAAAAUGCCAUCAUUCGGACUGAAAGGUCCAAAAGUGGAAGGUCCAGAUGUUGAUGUGAAAAUCCCUAAAGCCAGUAUUGACAUUAAGGCACCAGAUGUGGACCUGAAAUCUCCAGAGGUGGACAUUGAUGGACCCGAGGGAAAAAUCAAGGGCCCCAAAUUCAAGAUGCCAUCAAUUUCUGGUCCAAAGAUUUCUAUGCCAGACGUUGACUUCAAUCUCAAAGGUCCAAAACUCAAAGGUGAUGUUGAUGUCUCCGUUCCAAAAGUAGAAGGAGAUAUUAAAGCACCAAAAGUGGAAAUCGAAGGCCCAGAAAUCGAAGGACCUGAGGGUGGCUUUAAGAUGCCAAAGUUUAAAAUGCCAUCAUUCGGACUGAAAGGGCCAAAAGUGGAAGGUCCAGAUGUUGAUGUGAAAAUCCCUAAAGCUGAUAUUGACAUUAAGUCACCAGAUGUGGACAUUAAAUCUCCAGAAAUUGACAUUGAAGGACCUGAAGGAAAAAUCAAGGGCCCCAAAUUCAAGAUGCCAUCAAUGUCUGGUCCAAAGAUUUCUAUGCCAGAUGUUGACUUCAAUCUCAAAGGUCCAAAGCUGAAAGGUGAUGUUGAUGUGUCCAUUCCAAAGGUGGAAGGAGAUAUUAAAGCACCAAAAGUAGAUAUUAAAGGCCCUGAAAUCGAAGGUCCAGAGGGUGGUUUUAAGAUGCCACAGAUUAAAAUGCCAUCAUUCGGACUGAAAGGUCCAAAAGUGGAAGGUCCAGAUGUUGAUGUGAAAAUCCCUAAAGCCAGUAUUGACAUUAGGGCACCAGAUGUGGAUAUCAAAUCUCCAGAGGUGGACAUUGAUGGACCUGAGGGAAAAAUCAAGGGCCCCAAAUUCAAGAUGCCAUCAAUGUCUGGUCCAAAGAUUUCUAUGCCAGACGUUGACUUCAAUCUGAAAGGUCCAAAACUCAAAGGUGAUGUUGAUGUCUCCAUUCCAAAAGUGGAAGGAGAUAUUAAAGCACCAAAAGUAGAAAUUGAAGGCCCAGAAAUUGAAGGACCAGAAGGUGGUUUUAAGAUGCCAAAGUUUAAAAUGCCAUCAUUUGGACUGAAGGGUCCAAAAGUGGAAAGUCCACAUGUUGAUGUGAAAAUCCCUAAAGCUGAUAUUGACAUAAAGGCACCAGAUAUGAAUAUCAAAUCUCCAGAAAUUGAUAUUGAAGGACCUGAGGGAAAAAUCAAGGGUCCCAAAUUCAAGAUGCCAUCAGUCUCUAUGCCAGACGUUGACUUCAAUCUGAAAGGUCCAAAGCUGAAAGGUGAUUUUGAUGUGUCCGUUCCAAAAGUGGAAGGAGAUAUUAAAGCACCAAAAGUAGAUAUUAAAGGUCCAGAAAUCGAAGGACCUGAGGGUGGUUUUAAGAUGCCACAGAUUAAAAUGCCAUCAUUCGGACUGAAAGGUCCAAAAGUGGAAGGUCCAGAUGUUGAUGUGAAAAUCCCUAAAGCCAGUGUUGACAUUAAGACACCAGAUGUGGACCUGAAAUCUCCAGAGGUGGACAUUGAUGGACCUGAGGGAAAAAUCAAGGGCCCCAAAUUCAAGAUGCCAUCAAUGUCUGGUCCAAAGAUUUCUAUGCCAGACGUUGACUUCAAUCUGAAAGGUCCAAAACUCAAAGGUGAUGUUGAUGUCUCCAUUCCAAAAGUGGAAGGAGAUAUUAAAGCACCAAAAGUAGAAAUUGAAGGCCCAGAAAUUGAAGGACCAGAAGGUGGUUUUAAGAUGCCAAAGUUUAAAAUGCCAUCAUUUGGACUGAAGGGUCCAAAAGUGGAAAGUCCACAUGUUGAUGUGAAAAUCCCUAAAGCUGAUAUUGACAUAAAGGCACCAGAUAUGAAUAUCAAAUCUCCAGAAAUUGAUAUUGAAGGACCUGAGGGAAAAAUCAAGAGUCCCAAAUUCAAGAUGCCAUCAGUCUCUAUGCCAGACGUUGACUUCAAUCUGAAAGGUCCAAAGCUGAAAGGUGAUUUUGAUGUGUCCGUUCCAAAAGUGGAAGGAGAUAUUAAAGCACCAAAAGUAGAUAUUAAAGGUCCAGAAAUCGAAGGACCUGAGGGUGGUUUUAAGAUGCCACAGAUUAAAAUGCCAUCAUUCGGACUGAAAGGUCCAAAAGUGGAAGGUCCAGAUGUUGAUGUGAAAAUCCCUAAAGCCAGUAUUGACAUUAAGGCACCAGAUGUGGACCUGAAAUCUCCAGAGGUGGACAUUGAUGGACCUGAGGGAAAAAUCAAGGGCCCCAAAUUCAAGAUGCCAUCAAUGUCUGGUCCAAAGAUUUCUAUGCCAGACGUUGACUUCAAUCUGAAAGGUCCAAAACUCAAAGGUGAUGUUGAUGUCUCCAUUCCAAAAGUAGGAGGAGAUAUUAAAGCACCAAAAGUGGAAAUUGAAGGCCCAGACAUCGAAGGACCUGAGGGUGGUUUUAAGAUGCCAAAGUUUAAAAUGCCAUCGUUCGGACUGAAAGGGCCAAAAGUGGAAGGUCCAGAUGUUGAUGUGAAAAUCCCUAAAGCUGAUAUUGACAUUAAGUCACCAGAUGUGGACAUUAAAUCUCCAGAAUUUGACAUCGAAGGACCUGAAGGAAAAAUCAAGGGCCCCAAAUUCAAGAUGCCAUCAAUGUCUGGUCCAAAGAUGUCUAUGCCAGACGUUGACUUCAAUCUCAAAGGUCCAAAGCUGAAAGGUGAUGUUAAUGUGUCCAUUCCAAAAGUGGAAGGAGAUAUUAAAGCACCAAGGGUAGAUAUUAAAGGCCCAGAAAUCGAAGGUCCAGAGGGUGGUUUUAAGAUGCCACAGAUUAAAAUGCCAUCAUUCGGACUAAAAGGUCCAAAAGUGGAAGGUCCAGAUGUUGAUGUGAAAAUCCCUAAAGCCAGUAUGGACAUUAAGGCACCAGAUGUGGACAUCAAAUCUCCAGACCUUGACAUUGAAGGGCCUGAGGGAAAAAUCAAGGGUCCCAAAAUUAAGAUGCCAUCAAUGUCUGGUCCAAAGAUAUCUAUGCCAGAUGUUGACUUCAAUCUGAAAAGUCCAAAACUGAAAGGUGAUGUUGAUGUAUCAAUUCCAAAAGCUGAAGGAGACAUUAAAACACCAGAUUUGGGUAUCAAAGGCCCUGCACUUGACAUAGAAUUACCAGAAGGAAAAAUCAAAGGUCCAAAAAUUAAGAUGCCAUCAAUAUCCGGUUCUGAAGGUCCAAACGUUGAUAUUAACUUUCCAGAAACAAAUGUCAAGAAGCCUAAAUUUAAAAUGCCCAAGUUUGGAUUUAAAGGGCCAAAGAUUGAAGCACCUGAUGUUGAUAUCAAACUUCCGAAAGGAUCUAAAGUAAAAGGUCAAGCUGGUGUCAGUUUGGAAGGUGAUGUAAAUAUGCCAAAAUUGGACGUUGCUUCUCCAAGUGUAGAAGUUAAAAGUCCAGAGGGAGGAUUCAAGAUGCCAAAAUUUAAAAUGCCAAAAUUCGGUUUCAAGUCACCCAAGGGAGAAAUUGAUGUCAGCAUACCUAGUGGUGACAUUGGGUUAAAAUCACCUGAAAUUGAUAUCAAAACUCCUGAAGUAAAGAGCCCAGAUGUUCAUGUUAAUCUCCCUAAAGCAGAUGUUGACAUUAAAGGACCUAAAAUUGACAUCAAAACUCCUGAUCUUGACAUUGAGGGACCUGAGGGGAAAAUCAAAGGUCCCAAGUUCAAAAUGCCUACCAUAUCAGGUCCACAUAUCUCGAUGCCAGAUGUAGACUUCAACUUGAAAAGCCCAAAAGUGAAGGGUGAUAUGAAUGUUUCUGUACCAAAGAUUUCAGGGGACAUAAAGGCACCAAAAGUGGACAUUGAAGGCCCUGAUUUUGAUAUCGAAGGACCUGAGGGGAAAAUCAAAGGUCCCAAGUUCAAAAUGCCUACCAUAUCAGGUCCAAAUAUCUCUAUGCCAGAUGUGGACUUCAACUUGAAAAGUCCAAAAGUCAAGGGUGAUAUGAAUGUUUCUGUUCCAAAGAUUUCAGGAGACAUAAAGGCACCAAAAGUGGACAUUGAAGGUCCUGAUGUUGACAUUGAGGGCCCGGAAGGUGGCUUCAAGAUGCCUAAAAUCAAAAUGCCAUCAUUUGGAUUUAAAGGUCCUGAAGUAGAGGGCCCAGAAGUUGAUAUCAAUCUGCCCAAAGGAGAUAUUGAUGUUAAAGGACCAGAAAUUGACAUCAAAUCUCCCGAUCUUGACAUCGAGGGACCUGGGGGGAAAAUCAAAGGUCCCAAGUUCAAAAUGCCUUCCAUGUCAGGUCCAAAAAUCUCUAUGCCAGAUAUCAACUUAAAAGGCCCCAAAGUCAAAGGUGAUAUGGAUGUUUCAGUACCAAAGAUUUCAGGGGACAUAAAGGCUCCAAAAGUGGACAUUGAAGGUCCUGAUUUUGACAUUGAGGGCCCGGAAGGUGGCUUCAAGAUGCCUAAAAUCAAAAUGCCAUCAUUUGGACUCAAAGGUCCUAAAGUGGAAUGCCCAGAUGUUGACAUCAAUCUCCCCAAAGCAGAUAUUGAUAUUAAAGGACCAGAAAUUGACAUCAAAUCUCCUGAUCUUGACAUUGAGGGACCUGGGGGGAAAAUUAAAGGUCCCAAGUUCAAAAUGCCUUCCAUAUCAGGUCCAAAUAUCUCUAUGCCAGAUAUCAACUUGAAAGGCCCCAAAGUCAAAGGUGAUAUGGAUGUUUCAGUACCAAAAAUUUCAGGGGACAUAAAGGCACCGAAAGUGGACAUUGAAGGUCCUGAUGUUGAUAUUGAGGGCCCGGAAGGUGGCUUCAAGAUGCCUAAAAUCAAAAUGCCAUCAUUUGGACUCAAAGGUCCUAAAGUGGAGGGCCCAGAUGUUGACAUCAAUCUCCCCAAAGCAGAUAUUGAUAUUAAAGGACCUGAAAUUGAUGUUAAUGCUCCUGAUCUUGACAUUGAGGCACCUGGGGGGAAAAUCAAAGGUCCCAAGUUCAAAAUGCCUUCCUUGUCAGGUCCAAAAAUCUCUAUGCCAGAUAUCAACUUAAAAGGCCCCAAAGUCAAAGGUGAUAUGGAUGUUUCAGUACCAAAGAUUUCAGGGGACAUAAAGGCUCCAAAAGUGGACAUUGAAGGUCCUGAUAUUGACAUUGAGGGCCCGGAAGGUGGCUUCAAGAUGCCUAAAAUCAAAAUGCCAUCAUUUGGACUCAAAGGUCCUAAAGUGGAGGGCCCAGAUGUUGACAUCAAUCUCCCCAAAGCAGAUAUUGAUAUUAAAGGACCUGAAAUCGAUGUUAAUGCUCCUGACCUUGACAUCGAGGGACCUGAGGGGAAAAUCAAAGGUCCCAAGUUCAAAAUGCCUUCCUUAUCAGGUCCAAAAAUCUCUAUGCCAGAUAUCAACUUAAAAGGCCCCAAAGUCAAAGGUGAUAUGGAUGUUUCAGUACCAAAGAUUUCAGGGGACAUAAAGGCUCCAAAAGUGGACAUUGAAGGUCCUGAUUUUGACAUUGAGGGCCCGGAAGGUGGCUUCAAGAUGCCUAAAAUCAAAAUGCCAUCAUUUGGACUCAAAGGUCCUAAAGUGGAGGGCCCAGAUGUUGACAUCAAUCUCCCCAAAGCAGAUAUUGAUAUUAAAGGACCAGAAAUCGAUGUUAAUGCUCCUGAUCUUGACAUCGAGGGACCUGGGGGGAAAAUCAAAGGUCCCAAGUUCAAAAUGCCUUCCAUGUCAGGUCCAAAAAUCUCUAUGCCAGAUAUCAACUUAAAAGGCCCCAAAGUCAAAGGUGAUAUGGAUGUUUCAGUACCAAAGAUUUCAGGGGACAUAAAGGCUCCCAAAGUGGACAUUGAAGGACCAGAUUUUGAUAUUGAAGGACCUGAGGGGAAAAUCAAAGGUCCCAAGUUUAAAAUGCCUACCAUAUCAGGUCCAAAUAUCUCUAUGCCAGAUGUAGACUUCAACUUGAAAAGUCCAAAAGUCAAGGGUAAUAUGAAUGUUUCUGUACCAAAGAUUUCAGGAGACAUAAAAGCACCGAAAGUGGACAUUGAAGGUCCCGAUGUUGAUGUCGAGGGCCCGGAAGGUGGCUUCAAGAUGCCUAAAAUCAAAAUACCAUCAUUUGGACUCAAAGGUCCUAAAUUGGAGGGUCCAGAUGUUGACAUCAAUCUCCCCAAAUCAGAUAUUGAUAUUAAAGGACCAGAAAUUGACAUCAAAUCUCCUGAUCUUGACAUCGAGGGACCUGGGGGGAAAAUCAAAGGUCCCAAGUUCAAAAUGCCUUCCAUGUCAGGUCCAAAAAUCUCUAUGCCAGAUAUCAACUUAAAAGGCCCCAAAGUCAAAGGUGAUAUGGAUGUUUCAGUACCAAAGAUUUCAGGGGACAUAAAAGCUCCAAAAGUGGACAUUGAAGGUCCUGAUUUUGAUAUUGAAGGACCUGAGGGGAAAAUCAAAGGUCCCAAGUUCAAAAUGCCUUCCAUGUCAGGUCCAAAAAUCUCUAUGCCAGAUAUCAACUUAAAAGGCCCCAAAGUCAAAGGUGAUAUGGAUGUUUCAGUACCAAAGAUUUCAGGGGACAUAAAAGCUCCAAAAGUGGACAUUGAAGGUCCUGAUUUUGAUAUUGAAGGACCUGAGGGGAAAAUCAAAGGUCCCAAGUUCAAAAUGCCUACCAUAUCAGGUCCAAAUAUCUCUAUGCCAGAUGUAGACUUCAACUUGAAAAGUCCAAAAGUCAAGGGUGAUAUGAAUGUUUCUGUACCAAAGAUUUCAGGGGACAUAAAAGCAUCAAAAGUGGACAUUGAAGGUCCUGAUGUUGACAUUGAGGGCCCGGAAGGUGGCUUCAAGAUGCCUAAAAUAAAAAUGCCAUCCUUUGGAUUUAAAGGUCCUAAAGUAGAGGGACCAGAUGUUGACAUCAAUCUCCCCAAAGCAGAUGUGGAUAUUAAAGGACCAGAAAUUGACAUCAAAUCUCCUGAUCUUGACAUUGAGGGACCUGGGGGGAAAAUCAAAGGUCCCAAGUUCAAAAUGCCUUCCAUGUCAGGUCCAAAAAUGUCUAUGCCAGAUGUCAAUUUAAAUCUUAAAGGCCCUAAGGUCAAGGGUGACAUUGAUGUUUCAGUACCAAAGAUUUCAGGGGACAUAAAGGCACCAAAAGUCGACAUUGAAGGCCCUGAUGUUGAUAUAAAGGGCCCAGAAGGGGGCAUUAAAAUGCCUAAAAUCACAAUGCCAUCAUUUGAACUCAAAGGUCCUAAAAUGGAGGGCCCAGAUGUUGACAUUAAUCUCCCUAAAGCAGAUGUUGAUAUUAAAGCUCCUGAUGUUGACAUCGAAGGACUUGAGGGUGGUCUAAAACAUGUUAAGUUCCCAAAAUUCAAAGGCCCCAGCUUUGGAGUAAAGCCUUCAGGUGGCAGUCUAUCAAUACCUGAAAAAGAUAUAGGGGCGAGUGUUGAUGUCAAAAGCCCUGACGUCAACAUCAGUGGACCAGAUGCAAAUAUUAAGGUGCCAAAAAUGAAAAAAUCUAAAUUUUCGCUUGGAGUUAAGAGCUCAAAAUUGGAUGCAGAUAUUCCUGAUGCUAGUGGUAGUGUAGAAGGACCUGAUAUGAACAUAGAUGUGAAAGGAAAGAAAGGUAAAUUCAAAUUGGCUAAAGGGAAGGGGAAGUCUAAAACAUUUGAUGGUGAUAUGAAGACUGAAACUGUCAAGUUAGAGACAAAUGAACCUGACCUACAGAUAAAGUCAACCAAAGUAAAGAAACCUCUUUUUGGAAAGUUACAUUUUCCUGAUGUGGAAUUUGACAUCAAAUCUCCCAAAGCUAAAGGUAGUUCAUCUGCCUCUGGAACAAUAAAAUCAUCUGCUGAUUUACCUUCUGCAAGCCUUAAAACUGACAUUCAGACACCAGAUGCUAGUUUGGACAGUUCUGAUUUCAAAUCAAAAGGAGGAAAAAUCAAAAUGCCAAACGUCAGCAUCUCUGGCUCUGAAAUAAAAACUCCUGAACUGGUGGUUAGAGAUGCAACUUUAGAGGUCCCAGAAAAGACCUUCCAGUCCCCAGAUGUCAGUGUAGCAGGAUCAGGCAUUAAUGGAAAAGGCAAGGCUAAAAUUGACAUAGGAGGGAAAAUACAGGAUGUUGAGUUGACAGUGCCUUCUGUAAAUCUCCAUGGUGGUGCUUUAGAUGCUGAUUUAAGUCUCACUGAACAAAAGGGAGUAAAAGGGAGCAUUGAAAUACCAGGCUUUAAUGUAAGAGGACUAAAGGGAGAGACUGCAAGUGGGUUAGAAAUGAAGCCAGAUGCAUUAUUAUCUGGUGUGUUGGAGGGCCAAGAAGGUAAUGUAACCUUUCCUAAAAUCAAAGUACCAAAGUUUGGUGUUGCAUUGCCUAAACUAGAUGGAGAUGAGAUAAAAGUUGGCGUAGGUUCAGGUGAAUUGGCAGCUGGUUCUAAAGUUACUUCCCAAAGUCUAGAAUUUGAGAGCACUGAUAUAAAAAGCAGUGGUGGAAAAGUGAAAGUAAAAAUGCCGAAAUUAUUUGUCAAAUCUAAAUCUAAAGGAGGCAGUGCAGCUGAUCUUACUGUUGAGGGAGAAGGUGUUGAUGUUACCAGUAAAGGUGGUGCGAAAGUGUCUAAGGAGUUCAGCCUUAGUUCUGGGGAAUUGACAAGUGGCAAAUUAGCAGUACAGGGAAGCCCUGGGUUUAAAGUUUCACCAAAGAGUAAAUCUGCCUCCCUUGACCUCUUCAAAAAAACACGUCACUCCUCUUCUGUUAGUGAUGAGGGAGGUUUAGCUUCCCCUGUUUCUGCUGAAGGCCACUUACAGGCAGAGGGUGGCAACAUUUCAGUUGACGUUGGAGAAAAGACCAAAGGCAAAAAAGGAAAGUUGAAGUUUGCCACAAUUGGAGGUUUUAGCUCAAAAAGUAAAGGCUCGUAUGAAGUGACAGAUGAAAGUGAAAUUGGGAUUGAGGGUGCUGGUGUGGUUGCUCAGUCUUCAAAGAAGUCCAGAAUGUCAUCAUCAUCUAGCAGUGAUAGUGGUUCAAAAGGCAGUUUUCGGUUUCCACAACUAGAAAUAGCAGUGUCACCAAAGAAAUAGUUUAAGCACAGUACAUUCUCUCUCACUCAGUCACACACACACACACACACACACACACACACACACACACACACACACACACUAGAUGGCUCUGUAAAUCUGUCUUUCAUUUAAACAAUAAUGCACUGCCAUAAAUUGACUGUUUCUUUAAUUCCCACAUAUGUUCUUUACAGGCAUUCAUAUAUAUAUAUAUAUAUAUAUAUAUAUAUAUAUAUAUAUAUAUAUAUAUAUAUAUAUAUAUAUAUAUAUAUAUAAUUCCCUCUGAAUCACAAUUUAACUGUAAAUAAGAGAAAUCUGUUAUGUAAUUUUAAUUUUGUUUUGUAGAUAGGAAAUUCAAAUCCAAUCCAACAAUGCGUGUAGUUAAUAUAAAAAUCUGUCAUCUGAUAACUUGUUCUAUUUUUGUACCUUUUGAAAGUUUUGAAACUCUGUUGUCCUUUCUAAAAUUGUCUGGACACAUUUAAAUGCAAGAUGAGUGAUUUUAGUUAGAUUGAAAAGUUUUUAGCUUCACUUACAUUAGUAGUGCUGUGUUAUAUGUACUCAUUGCAUAUGAACAACUAAUUUGAGCAGUGAUAAACCACAUCUCAGUAGUGAGCACAAUGAAGUUUUUGGGCUGUACAAACUGUAAAUAAUUUGAUUCAAAACAGAUACAUGGGAUCACGUCCCAAAUAUUAUGACAGUUCAGAUAUUAUGGAAUUUACACAGAGAUUAUAAUCUUCUAAAGUAUUUAUAUCUAAGACUCUUUUUCAAUGAUUGUUUGAAUAUCUUUAAAAUGCACACCAAGAAGCAGCUGGCAAAAGCUGUGACUUGCUUUUUUAUUUUUAAUGGUUUCUAAGGCAUUUUUCUUGGUUGUAUCUUCCACAUUUCUUUACAUCCGGUUGACUCUCUCUCUUCCUCUCACUAAAUUUAUGAAAUGCCGUGCUGUCACGUGGUGAUAUAACUACAGGAAUGCUGAUGCCAAUGGUAAAACAUUAAUAUUUUGAAAAGGCAUAAAAUGUGCAUUUGCCCUUGUAAAUAAUGGGACAUUUAGGUUGCAAGUUUCUAACUUUUUUUUUUCUCCUUGUAUCAGUUGCAAAAAAAAUUUUAAUAAAGUGAACAAUUAUCAAUG